AUGCGGCCCUUGUUCUUCCGCACGUCGUAUCCCUCGCCCUCCAGCGUCUUCUUGAUGGCGGCGAGAGAGGCGCCUCUGCCGGCGGCGGGGACAGCAGCUGCCCGGAGAAUGGCCUGGCUGAGAGUCGGUUUCCUCCUUCUCUUGCGCCGGGGAUUCUCCCGAGCCGCGCGGGAGGCCGCAAAAGCCGCGGGGAGACGAAGCGAACCGGGCAUGUCCCUGCGAACCAAUCCCAGCCGCUGCCACCCAGACCCGCACCUCAUCCUGUGGAGCGUGGAUUUCUCCAAGAGCCGCAAGGGCUUCUCCCUGGUGGCCAUCGAGAAGGAGCUGGCGGCGACGGGAGUCGACGUCCAGAGGAACAAAAGCCGCAUCAAAGCGGCGCUCAAGAAGCUGGUCACCAACAACAUCCUGUGCAAGGUGCCUGGAGUGACUGGGGCUCCCGGCUCCUACAAGCUCUGCAAAGAACCAGGGGUCGGCAAAACGCAGCUCGUUCUGCAGCUGCCCAAGACCAAGGAGGCCAAGAAGCCGGCAAAGCAGAAGAGACAGGCAGAUAAAAAGCCGCUUGCCAACAAGGAGGCUAAAAAGAUCAAGAAGAAAAACAAAGGGACGGGGACAAAGACCCCCGGGAAGAUCAGGAACGUGGCCGAAGGCAAAGGAGCUGGCAAGACUUCUGCGGCUUCCUCUGCUCACGGGGCAAUGGCUCCCCAGCGGAAAUCUUAA